AAAAUGAAAUCCAUCUUAUCAUUCUUUGUAAGCAGAAAAGUUCCAUACAGAGACUUCAUCAAAGGUCACUCGCUAAAAUUAUUAGCAAAUCUCUGUCCCUCUCGCCAAAAAUGGCUCGGCCAAGAAAGCUGCGAGAAUUCAUAGGCCGCCUCAAAGACAACGCUUCACUAAUCAAAGCAAACUUAACCACAAAACGCACCGUUUCUUCGAUAAAAAUCUCCAUCCUCCGCGCCACCAGCCACAGCUCCACCGCCGCCCCACCGGAGCACCAACUAGACGCCAUCCUCAGCCUCGGCCACGAUGUUAAUCUUCCCCUUGCAUGCGCAUGCGUUGAAGCUGUCCUAGACCGUCUUCACAACACUCGGAGCCCUUACGUGGCACUGAAAUGCCUCUUCAUCCUGCACAACAUCAUUACCCACGGUUCCUUCAUCCUCAAGGAACAGCUCUCUCUCUACCCUUUGACCGGCGGUCAAAAUUCUCUCAAGCUUACGAGGUUUAGUAACAAAAGCAACCUUGAAAAUUGGGAAUUGUCCCAAUGGGUCCGGUGGUACGCUAGUGUUUUGGAACGUAACUUGAUCACUGCCAGGAUUUUAGGUUGCUACCUCUGUUGCACCUCCUCAUCUUCAAAGUUUCAAGAAAAUGGAAAUAACAAGAUUGCUAUUCGACCACCAGACUGCGAUUUACUGAAAGAAAUUGAUUCUCUUGUGUGCAUGGUUGAAGGGAUUUGUGCUGCACCUGAGUCGUUACAUUACCAAAGAUUGGAUUUGGUGCACGAAUUCAUGUUAUUGGUGAGCGAGGACUAUCGUUUUACUCAGCAUCAAAUUAUCACGAGACUCAAUGAGUUAGGUGACCGGACGGCGAGGAUGAGCUACGAUGACUUGGCCGAGUUGAUAUGCUGUUUGAAGAGGCUGGAGGACUGCAGGAUGAGGCUAGUGGAAAUGUUUGCAAACAGGAAAAGAAACGAUGAAUUUUGGGAUUUGGUCAGACAAACCAGAGUGGGACUGGAGGAGCUGAAUGAGAAGCGAGAUAGAGGAAGAAUGGUGGUGUGGAAGGGAUGGAAAGAUGAAACAACUGAGCUAACUCGGUUUGUUGAUCAGCGAGUUAUGGGAACGAGUGAGAAGUCUUCUUGAAAUCACAUGGCAUUUUUGGAUGCUUGUUGGGGGUGUUACAAGACUGGAUUGGAGCUACUGCUUGGCUCAUCUACAAUUAUAAAAGACCCCAAGUGGUGCAAAUGCUUCAUAUUGUGAAAGACCUCAAUUAUUGUUAAGUUAAUGAGGUGCUUUAGUCCCUAAGGUAUGAGAGCGCCUUAGUCUUUGAAAUCUGUCAAAAAAAAAAUUUUAAUUCACAUUGUAGUCUCUAAAGUAUAAAAUUUAAUUAUCCUAUAUAAGUAUAAAAUCUGUCUUACUUCUGUCAAUGAUUUACUUAAGUGAGACAUAUUUUAUGUUUUAGGAAUUUAAGUGUCUCAUUUAAAAUUUUUGAAACCAAAGUGAAAAUUUAUGUACAGUUGAAUGGUGCAAAGUAGAAUUGAUCCGUAUUUAUUUAACAAUCACUAGUGUUAAAAGUUAACGUCUCUUUCAAUAUAUUUGCAUGCAAUACUGGCUGUAUGAAAUAUCGUGGUUACUUGACAUAUAAGCAAAUAUUUACCAUUUAAUCAAGUAUAAAGGCCAUUAUUUGGGAGGGAAAGUUGGAUUGGAUGAUAAGAUGUGAUGGAUUGUAAAUAGGAGAUUCUGAAUUCAUAAUCUCCCACUUA